AUGCCGCUGCUCAUGUACUCGUCCAAACGAUGCAAAAUUGAUGCACUCAGAGAUGCUCCCUUGAAGCGUGAUGCUUUAGCUUUUCUUAAAGCCAAAAUUGUCCAGCAGCAAUCCACCAUCACAGAGUUGACAGAGAUUGCUUUCAAGCAGCAAUCCACCAUCAAUGAGUUGACAAUGAUUAACUCCCGGCAGCUAUCUACCAUUACUGAGUUGACAGCAACUGCAAUCCAGCAACUGACAGAUCAUGCUCCCUCAGGUGAGGCCGGAUCAAACAAUCUCUCUCUUACUCAUGGUGGGCAGCCACAGGCAGGUGGCGGACCCAUAAAAGAUACACUGCCCAGCAAGAACAUGAAGGCAGAAGCUGGCAAAGAAUUAAGUUGUAGACCAGAAUUCUGGUUUGGUGCAAGAUUGGACUCCUUUAACUUGGAAGCAGAAGAUCCUUGGUUUAAUGCAACAUUUGAUAAUUUUGACUGCAAGGCCACUGUGAACGGGCAGAAGGCAUAG